AUGGAGAUGGAGGAGAAGCCUAACCCUAAUUCUCAUGAAGGUCUCGGACGAAUAGAUACACCCAAAUCAUGGUCCGAUCUUCCUCCGGAUCUCUUGAAUUCGGUCUUCGAACGUCUCAGCUUUGCUAAUUUCCAACGAGCUAAAUCCGUAUGCACCUCUUGGCACUCUGCUUCAAGACAAUGCGUGCCCAAAAGCAUUCAGAUCCAUUGGCUGGUUCUCUUCCCUGAAGAUGACGACAGCAGCAGCAACAACAACCAUUCUUGUACGUUUUUCGAUCCUGAGGAUAAAGACAAACUCUACAGAACGCAAGAUCUAGAUUUGGAAUUUGCAAAGAGUGUUUGUAUAGCAACCUAUAGAAGUUGGCUCCUUAUGCAAGAUCCUCUGUACGAUCUCUACAUUGUGAAUCUGUUUACUCACGAGAGGAUCAAUCUACCUCCUACGGAAUCAGAACCCAGAACGAUCACGGAGAUGAAGCGAAUUCGAGCUUUAGAUGCUCAGUUUCGCGUUACAAGUCACAACGGAAAGGAACACAGAGGUUUUAGUAUGCGACGCUCUGUGUUUUGGGUUGAUGAGAAAACCAAAGAUUAUGUUGUUUUCUGGGGGCUUCGAAGUUUGUGUGUAGUGUAUUCCAAGAAAGGAGAUACCUCGUGGAACCGAAUCCCGGGAACUUUACGUCCUUGUAACAUGGUUUACAAGGAUUCCAAGCUUUACAUGAUAACCUCAUUCUAUGGUUCAGUCAUAAUCUUCGAUUUCUCUGGAGAGAUUCCACAAAUAAUGUUUAAUCGUCGUCUUGCUCUAACAACUGAGAGGUAUAGUAUCUUUCGAAGUUCACUUGUAGUGACAGUAACAGGAGAUGUCCUCGCGGUUGAAAAAAUAUGGAUACGGAGUUCUGGGACCUGGUCCUUCCGGGUUGUCAAGGUUUGUUCACCAGGAUUCGAGGAGGAACACGAAGUGAUUCAUUCUCUGGGCGACGAGUCAAUGCUAUUGGAUCAAGGCAUCACUGUGCUCGCCGAUGACAAUGAUGGAUUCAUUAGAAACUCCAUCUAUUUCAGUGAUAGUAGUAGUGGAGAGAACACAGAGAAGAUCCUUCUUUUUAAUCUCGAGACAGGGAAGACGGAGCCGGUGCACACAUUUCAUUGUUCUUCUUCGGCUCAGUUCUCUAGAGCUCGGUGGUUCUUACCGAGUUUUACGCGAACCUGA